CUAUCAGAUCGUGACUUCGCGUUGGGGCAUCGAGGUCCGUCAAGAGCAACAAAUCGAACCCCGCACACCCUUGCGCUUCUAUAAUGGCAGCCACACCCGCUCGCAGAGGCCUUUCGGCUCUUUUCUCUGCUUCGUCAUCCAGAGCAUCAUCAAUCGCCAGCCGGACACAAAAACGAAGCUUCUCUUCAUCCCGCAUCUGCGCCGCAUACGCGACUGCACCUAAAGCAGCAGCGGCAACCACGACUAGCACUUCGACAGCUGCGAAACCUGCGACUUCAACGUCAACUGCGUCAAAGCCCACAACCUCAGCAACCCCACAACGGACAGUAACUCCCUCAUUUCCUGCGAAAGAGCCUCCCGUGCCCACCACACGCAACAGCACCGCAGAAACCGCAGCAUCAGCAGCCCAAAAACAACGUUCGCUUACCGAGGGACUGUCCGAUGCACCUCCCGAGCUAGAAGGCGUACCAGCCAUAGACUGGACUCGCUCGUACCAUGGCCUUGGCAGCAUAUCUUUCACACCAGAGCAGUCGGACACGCUGCUCGCGCCCAUUACACAGGACGAUGUCGAGGUGAAGCCAGACGGUAUCAUAUACUUGCCCGAGAUCAAGUACAGGCGGAUAUUGAACAAGGCAUUCGGGCCAGGAGGUUGGGGCUUAGCACCAAGAGGCGAGAGUAUCGUUACUGGAAAGCUGGUGACGAGGGAAUAUGGACUCAUUGUCCAAGGACGACUCGUUUCCAUUGCCCGUGGCGAGCAACAGUACUUCGACCCUGACGGUAUUCCCACUGCGACCGAAGGCUGCAAAUCCAACGCCUUGAUGCGAUGCUGUAAAGACUUGGGUAUUGCUUCUGAACUCUGGGACCCACGCUUCAUCAGGGAGUUCACGAACAAGAUGACAAAGGAAAUAUGGGUGGAGCAUGUGAGCACCAAGAAGAAGAGGAAGAUAGUGCUGAGAAAGGACGACAGCGCCAGAUACCCAUACAAAGAAGUCAAAUUGUAGUUUGGCUCGAGAAUGUGUUGGAACACAUAGGAAAAAGGUAGACGCAUUUGCAGGCGUAAUGAGUGCACAUAAACCAAGUGUGGAUGUAUAGAUAGGUUGUAAGAUCAUCAGGACAACCCGUCCCAACUCAUGCUCAAGAAUUGUGAUACCAAAUAUAUACCGCUUCAUCAUAGUCGUG